UAUACAUUUCUCUCCCUCUCUAUUCAGUGCUGCCGAGAGGUCCGUUUGACGUCAUACCCCGCCGUCGUUGUUACGCGUAAACUAAAUAAUCAGUGUUUUAUCAGUGCUAAGUUAUAUUGGCUUAAUUCUUUCAUUAUGGCGUCUGGAGUCACAGUGUCUGAUAUCUGUAAAACAACUUAUGAAGAAAUAAAGAAGGAUAAAAAGCACCGUUAUGUUGUUUUCUUCAUUAGAGACGAAAAGCAAAUAGAUGUUGAAGUUAUAGGAGACCGGAAUGCUGCUUAUGAUCAAUUUUUGGAGGAUCUGCAAAAAGGAGGAACUGGUGAAUGUCGUUAUGGAUUAUUUGAUUUCGAAUAUACUCAUCAAUGUCAAGGCACCUCUGAGGCCUCCAAGAAGCAGAAACUAUUUUUAAUGUCAUGGUGCCCAGAUACUGCUAAGGUUAAGAAGAAGAUGUUGUACUCCUCUAGCUUUGAUGCCCUCAAAAAAUCACUUGUCGGUGUUCAGAAAUAUAUCCAGGCAACAGACUUGUCAGAAGCAUCACAGGAAGCAGUAGAAGAAAAGUUACGUUCCACCGAUAGGCAAUAAAAAACCUAAAAAAAGAACCAGAAGCAAAUGAUAAUGGGUAUUAUAUCCAAUCGAAAUUUUUUUAAUUAAAGUGUAAUUGUUUCUUUUUUUUCUUUUUUUUUCUCUGAAAUAUUUUUUUCAAUUCUAAACUUCUAUCUGCCUAUUUUAUGUCAUAGACAUGAAAUUAUGGCAUUUAUGCAGUUGUCAGCCUCUAGUCUAUCUGACGCUUGUUCCGUCAGAUUUACUUCACCAUGUCAGCGGCAUUGUAAUGCUUACGCUUUUUACAGCAAUGUGAUGCGGCUGGCCUUUACCAGCACUACCAAGCUGAAUGGAUUAUCUUUUAAAACUUUUGACAGUUAAUGAUUAACUUCAUCUGGGAACUUGUAUUAUACCUAAGUGAAGCUAUAACCUUUUUUCUCUCUCUUGUUUCCUCUUUAUAGGGCAUCAAUUAUUUUUAUUACUAUUUUUAAUUUUAUUUAUUUAUUUGAUUAUUUUUAAGUGUAAUUUUACAGCUGUAUUAAGUAAUGUAAAUUAUCUUGAAAACCAAAUAUUAAUUAUUUAACCUACAAAAAAAAGAAGAAAGAAAAUAAACAAUUUUUUUAAUUUGUUCGUUGCCUCAAAGUUCCUCGUAUUUUUGUUCUGAAGUCAAAUUACUUAAAAGAGGGGGAAAAAAGAACACUUAACAUCAACAUAAUCAUGCUAACAGUGAAUGCAAACUGUCAGACAGAAUGGUACCAUAUCAUUCAAUGCAAGCGCGAAUUUACUGGUUAGUAAUUUUAAUAUACUUUUAUCCAAUUAUUUUGCUCAUUUCCCUCAGCUUAUACUUAUUCUUUUUAUAAUAUUUUUAUAUGCUACUUUUUCUCUCCUAUCAUUUUUUUCUUUACUUAUCUCAAAGGUAUUUUUAUAUAACCAGAACAAAACUCUUUAAUCACUUUAUUUAUCUAUUUUUUUACCAGGUAUUAGAAUCGUGAUUUCAGUAAUACCUAUUUUUUAAACUGCUAUUUGAAUAAGAAUCUGCCAUAGUGAAAAGCCUGAUCAAUGGCUGUACUUUGAAGUAUUGUUUGAUUUCUUUAUUUAAUUUUUUAUUUAUUUAUUUUUUUUCAAUUUUCUAAUAUAAUACUGUAUUGCUGUAAUUUGAAUGGUAUGAUAUGUCCUUGCUUAGUAAUAAAUGGAAUAUUUAUAUUACA